AGUAGGAUGAUGGGUGAUAUAAUAACCCUCAUUUUGAUUAUGAUUGGAUCUAAUCUUUGGAUCCACAUAAUUCGGGUCGGGCGGAUCCUGAGGUGGGAUUAUCGAUCUAGAGCCCCAAGGCGCACAGAGAGUUCCAUGCGCAGCACCACGUGGCAGGCUGUGAUUGGAGAUUGGCUUCCGGUCGUCGUUCCAGCCAAUCACGUUCCCAAUUUACCCUUUGUUCGAAUCCCCAAAUUAAAGCAUUACCUGAACCCUAACCACUCUCUCCCACCUCCCCUCUGCUCAGACGCAGGCCAUGGCUCUCUUAUUAUUGCUCUGAAGUUUUUUUCCAUGGAUUUUGAGACUGAUGGUGAUUUAAAUGGGGAGGUGGUGGUGGGAUGUUCUAUCAUUGAUGUUGGGGCUUGUGUUGAAAAUUCAAUUGAAGAUGCAUUUCACCAUGGACCCGAUGUUAGAACUGACCAUGACCAUUCUGGAAGGGAUUUAGUAGCUUCAAUAGAAGAAGAAGAAGAUGAUGAUGACGACACAGAUACUACUGUCAGUAAUUCAGUUUCAAAUGAACCUUACGUGGGCCAAGAGUUUGAAUCGGAGGCAGCUGCACAUGCAUUUUACAAUGCAUAUGCAACUAGAGUUGGUUUCAUUAUCCGUGUCAGCAAGCUCUCUCGUUCUAGAAAAGACGGUUCUGCCAUUGGCCGAGCCCUUGUUUGCAACAAAGAGGGCUUCAGGAUGGCUGAUAGGAGGGAAAAGGUUGUGAGACAAAGAGCAGAAACUAGGGUUGGGUGCAGAGCAAUGAUUUUAGUUAGAAAAGUUAGCUCUGGCAAAUGGACAGUGACCAAAUUUGUGAAGGAACACACCCAUCCGUUAGCUCCUGGUAAAGGCCGUAGGGAAUCAAUCUAUGACCAAUUUCCGAACGAACACGAUAAAAUUAGGGAACUCUCUCAACAACUGGCAGCCGAAAAGAAGCGCUCGGCAACUUACAAAAGACACCUGGAAAUGCUAUUUGAGCAUAUCGAGGAGCACGAUCGAUACCUGUCCAAUAAAAUCCAAGAUAUUGUGGUCAAUGUAAGGGAACUGGAGAGUAAAGACCAGCAGAAUUGUAGUAGAUAGCUAGGGGGAUCUCUCUCUUGCCACUCUCAUCUCGCAUCCGAAUAGGGAAGAAGAAGAAGAAGAGAUCUCAAGAAUGCUACGAACAUCGCAUGUUUAAUUAGGCUCUUGUUUGAUAUAUAAACGUUUUUCUUAAGUUACUCAGUACAUGAUUUAGAGAGUGCAAGAAGUGUCAAACUCUUGCAUAAUUCAUCUUUUCUGUAAAAAGACAAGAAGAAAAAGAAAAUUCCUUGUAAAGCUGCAGCAAAUCACAAGUCACAUGAAACAGACCACCUGGUAUAUUGAAUGAAAGUGGGAUAGAAUG